AUGGGUGACGACAUUUUAUCGUACAAUGGGGGUGUCGCUCUAGCAAUGAAAGGCAAAGAGUGCAUAGCAAUUGCUUGUGAUAAACGUUAUGGUGUACAGAAUCGAACCAUUGCGACGAAUUUCACAAAGAUAUUUCAAUAUAGUGAUCACUGCUUUGUUUCAUUUUGUGGUUUGGCGACUGAUGUUCAAACGGUCUCGGAACGAUUGAAAUUCCGUACGAAUUUAUAUGAAUUACGCGAACAAAGAAAACUAAAACCCAAUGUUCUGUAUAACAUGUUGACAAAUCUUCUCUACGAAAGACGAUUUGGACCUUAUUUUGUGUUUGCACUCGUCGUCGGUCUGGACCCCAAGACGGGCGAAACAUUCAUUUAUGAUUCCGAUAAUAUCGGAGCUGUAAGUGAUAAUGUUAAUCUAGCCACAGUAGGAACAGCUAGUGAAUAUAUCUUUGGUCUCGGCGAACUUUUCUUCAAACCAAACAUGAAUGCUGAUGAAUUAUUCGAAGCCACAUCGCAAGCUUUAUUGAAUGGAGUUGAUCGCGAUUCAGCCAGUGGUUGGGGUGCAGUUGUCUAUGUCAUUGAAAAAGAUAAGAUCACUGUGCGCGAACUAAAAGGUCGCCAGGACUGA